CCAUUUCCAACAAAACAAACUUUUAUUAGAAGUUAUUUUACAAUCUUAUUUAGUUUUUUAAAUAUUUUUUACGAUCAUGAUUACUUUAACAAUGAAAUGUGAAUUACAUCGUGACAUGACAGAUCAUAGACCCACAAUAGUAAUAAAAGCCCAGCCUUGUAAAGCUCUAAGUCGAUGAACUUUGGUACAAACUAGAUUUAUGACGACAUUCCAGGCAUCUACUUUGUUUCUUUGACCUCGUUCUGGCUCUCGUAGCAAGCCCUUUAAUAAUUGAUCUCUUCAAGACGACGCGCUAUAACAAUGAGUGAGGAUGGAGCGGCGCAAAACUUUCGUCUUGAAUCAUGGAUGAGAGAUCUACCAAUACAGCUGAAGGAUAUACCAAUAAUCUACUUAGCCAUACCUGGCAGUCAUGAUUCAAUGACCUACGGCAUCACAAAAUCUAGUGGCCUAGCACCUGACGCUGAACCUAUUCUUCAUCGCUUGUACCCCUUAUUCCGAGGUACGAUCUUACGAUGGACAAUAACACAAGCUCUUGACACCAAGCAACAACUACUUAUUGGCAUUAGAUAUUUAGACCUUAGGAUCGCUACAAAAUCUGGUGAAGACAAUUUUUAUUUCACACAUGGUGUUUACGCUGCUGAAAUAACAGAGGCACUGAAGCAAGUCAAAGAGUUUGUUGAUGAACAUCCUGGAGAGGUAGUGAUACUUGACUGCCAACAUUUCUAUGGCUUCCAACCUGAAGAUCACCAGAGAUUUAUGAGGCUCCUCCUCAAUAUGUACGGUCCCAUAUUGGUACCACGGCAGCUAGAUUUGAAGGCUGUUACUCUGAAUGCUCUACAACGACUAAAGCAGCAAGUGAUUGUGGUGUACCGCCACGAGUCUGUGUACGCGACGGGCGAGUUCUGGCCGCCGCAGACGUUGCCGUCGCCGUGGCCGCGCCAGGACCGCGCGCCGGGGCUGCUCGCGUUCCUGGGCGCGCUGUGUCGGCACCCGAGCGCCGGCUUCGUGCACCAGGCCGUGCUCACGCCCACGCCGGCCUUCAUCGUGCUCAGAUGGAUAUCAAGUCUCCGCGAUAAAUGCGCAUUGCCGGUCAUCAACGAUGUGUUACCAAAAUUAUCUGAUUUCUCUCCCGGACCUCCGGCACCGGACAACGCGACGUUCUCGCGGGCGCCCGUCAACGUAGUCAUUGCAGACUUCGUUGACAUCAAUGACUCGAUAUUCUCAAAAACUAUAAUACAGUUGAACAUGAAGUUGUUGAGAAACACAGAUGUCCUUUAUCACACCAACGAAUAG